AUGGAGCCUGCCGAGGGGCAGAGCAGCGGCCAGGUGCUUAUGUGCCAGACCGUCUACCCCGCGCACGCCACGCACCGCGGGGAGCUCAGCGCCGGCCAGCUCCUCAAAUGGAUCGACACCACCGCCUGCCUGGCAGCUGAAAAACAUGCUGGUGUAUCCUGUGUGACAGCGUCAGUGGAUGACAUACAAUUUGAAGAGACUGCCAGAGUUGGACAAAUUAUCAUCAUCAAAGCAAAGGUAAACCGAGCAUUCACUACUAGCAUGGAAGUUGGUGUCAAGGUUACAGUACAGGAUAUCUUGACUAGUGUUCAGAAACUUCUUAGUGUGGCUUUCUCUACAUAUGUAAUAAGACCAGUUGGUGAUGAAAAGGUUAACUUAAAAUCAGUCAAGCUGCAGUCUCCACAAGAUCAUCUGGAACAUAGUCUGGCUGUUGAGAGAAGAAGAAUCCGACUGGACCAUGAACAUGUCUUUGAGACCCUAAUGCAAGAGAGUAACAUGGAAGAUUGUCAGUGUGAUAAUGUAAGUGAUACAGAGGAAGAUACUAUUUCAACUGAUCUAACCCAUGUGCAGAGCAUUGAACUUGUCCUACCUCCUCAUGCAAACCAUCAUGGAAAUACGUUUGGUGGCCAGAUUAUGGCAUGGAUGGAGACAGUAGCUACUAUUUCAGCAAGCCGUCUCUGUCAUUCAUAUCCCACCUUGAAAUCAGUUGAUAUGUUUAAAUUCCGGGGACCCUCCACUGUUGGUGAUCGUCUUGUCUUCAAAGCAAUAGUUAACAACACAUUUCAGAAAAGGUAA